CAAACCGGAAGCGGAUACAUAAUGUAUCGUAAUUGCGUGUGUCAUUGGAAUAACAACGGGAUAUUUCCCAGAUUAGGGCUGGUAUGUUUAUCCGCAUGGAGAGUGCCGUGAAGGCGUUAAUAAGUCUCGCAUAGUAGCAGCACUCGAAUUAACAUAAGGCUCCUGAAUUCCCUGGUCCCCGCGAUGGGAGUGAAGGGCCUGCAGGGCUUCGUGGAAAACGCCUGUCCCGGGACGUGCGUGGCAGUGAACUUGAAGGAGAUGGCCGAGCAGCGUCGCCGAGCCCGGCCCGGCCGCCCCCCGACGCUGGUGGUGGACGGGACGGCGUGCCUGAGACACUGGUACUCCUGCGCUGCCUGGGUCCACGGCGGCCAGUGGCGGGAGUACACGCGCGUCCUGGAGAGCUUCGCCGGGGCCUUCGCGGAGGCCGGCAUCCGGCUGGUGUUCGUCUUCGACGGCGCGGUGGAGGAGGCCAAGAGGGCGGAGUGGGCGCAGCGCAGGCUGCGGCACGGCCGGGAGAUCCGCGGCGCUUUCCGCUACGUCAAGGCCCACGGCCGGCAGCCGGGCAGGGAGAUGUUCUGCCUCCCCUCGGGCCUGGCUACGUUUUCGAGAUUCGCCUUGAAGGCCCUGGGCGCGGAGACGCGGUGCUCCGUGCGCGAGGCCGACUACGAGAUCGCUGGCUACGCUGCCCUGCACGACUGCAUGGGCAUCCUGGGGCAGGACACGGACUUCCUCAUCUACGACAGCGUUCCCUACCUCUCCGUGAGCCAGCUCCGGCUCGAGCGCAUGGAGACGGUUCUGUUCUCCCGGGAAAAUCUGUGCCGGGCCUUGCGGCUCCGCCAGAGCGACCUCCCGCUUCUUGCCUGCAUCCUGGGCAACGACGUCGUGCCGCAGGGCCGCCUGGAGGGACUGCGGAACAAGUGCCUGGCAGCCUAUCGGCAGAAACACCCAGGGGCCUCGACGCCUGCAGAUAAAGUGUUGGCAGUGGCCGACUUCAUCUCUAGUCACUGCUGCUCAAGAGGUGGGAUCAGCGAGCUGCCUUUAUCCGAGGCAGACCAGGCUGUACUGGAGCAAGGAGUGCAGAUGUACCUCCUUCCCAAUCAGCAGUCCCCGUGGGUUCCCUCUGGAAGUGAGCCCCCUUCCUCUGAAUCCAUGAACUCUCUGGAAAGGUAUUCCAGUCAUGAUGUUCUGCAGGCAGCCAAAGAACAACACGUAAGAGCUGAAUCUUUUAUGGUUUUCGACGUUCUGUCUGCUGGUGUUGUUGACUGUAGCAACACGCUUGAAGAUGAAGAGGACACCGAGUUUCCUGGGCAGGCAAUCACUUUCCGACCCGCAAGAGAACGCAUAUACGGAAUCCUCUUUGCAGUAAAGCAAGGCGACAGCGGUCCAGCCCCUGCGGUGAAGGAGUGGUUCGUCUAUCGUGGCAACUCGCUCCGGCAGCCAGACCUCGUCACGCCCGCUCCCCUGAGCCUCCCGGAGGGAACCCCGGAUUUGAAAGUUCUGUGGUUCAGCGAGGCCCCGGAGACAAAAGCCCUCCGUUUCUCCACCUUCCUGGCGGUUUUUGACCUGUUGGACUUGGCAGAAGAGCUGGAGAAGCUAGAGUCCCCUUUAGCGGCUGUCGUUUGCCUGGUCACCUACAUUGCCUUGCAGGAAAGAAGCCUUUGCCUGGAAGAUGUAAAUGCUUACGUGAGCCAGGCUGUCUGUGUUCGUGAAAAGACAGAUGAAGAGCUCGCUGGUAUUAAGCUCCCGGUUGUGGACCCCAGAGCCAUUGAGCUGGGCUCCCUGUUCGUGCGCGGGCUGACCAUCCUGAUAGCGGCCAACAGCGCGAGUGGCUUUCCUUUAAAGAUGGAGGAUCUGAUGCCUUGGAAAGUGUUCGAUGGGCUGCUGUUUCAUUCCAAGUACCUGCAGGCACAUUCGGGAUGCAGCGAAGACGAUCUCCUGGAAGGAACUGAGUGCUGGGUGUCACAGUUUGGUCACCUGAAGGCCCUCGUCACCAGCGCCUGUGGGAGGAGAAAUCGAGUUGUCCAGAGCAAUCCGAGGGCGUCUGUACCAGUGAAACCAAGGGGAGGUGGAUGCCAGUCCAGAGAACGCAGACCCCAGCACUUCAGAGAGCCAGAACCAGGCCAGUUCUCUGCUCCCAGCAGCCGGUUUCAGUACAGGGGCCACAGUGUACCUCAGCAAGAACGGGGACACAGACCGAGAUACAGAGGGCCGAGCAGGCAGAGGUAUCACUUAGCACCCCGCUGGUCCCUGUUUCAAAACACACGUCCCAACUUCCCCUGACCAGCGGCUCGGGCAGGGCAGAGGAAGGCGGCCUGUAAGGGAACUGAAAACAGGGAGAAACGAGAAGACCAGAGGACUGUAAUGGAACCGCAGUCUUCAAAAACACUUCUAAGGCACUCCGGGCCUGAAGAGUUUCUGUUUGUUCCGCCUUUAAUGAAAUCAUUACAUUCGAUUAUGGAGGAGAAUUCACUGUGGAAUGCAAGUGGGGAGUGUGUGCAGUCCAGCAGGAGCUCAAUGUGGCACGUCCCAUCUGGUGGAUGCAGAAGUCUUUUGUAGCAUCUCGUGCAGCAGUGGACGGGUGAAUCCCCCUGUGCUGGAGUCAGAAGGCUCUGCUAAAUUCUAGCUGCUCUCAUUAGUCUAACCAGGAGAGUUCUACAGCCUGCAUCCACUUGACUGGACAGCACCUGCUGCCUGCCUUGCUGUGGGUCUGGGUCUGGAGUCGCUUCUGAGUGCUGAAGCCCACUGCGGUAGCACUUGCGACCUGUGGGAUGCUUUUUAAAUGGACAGCUUUAAGACAGCCUGUUGACAAUUAAAAAAAAAAAAAUAAUUAUUUUGGAACAUUGAAUGCAACAGACUGUCCAGCAGUAAUGUCUCAUUAAUGUUUUUUUUUCUCCAGAUAAGGACAGUGCCCAAACAAAUGCAAAACGUAGAAAGAAAAAUUGAAACAGCUUAACAUAGAAGUAUUUUCCAGUUGAGUACCAACACGAAAAGGGACCACUUCCAAAGAAAGUGCCAACCCACGCUUUAUUGGAUAUUCAGUAAACGAAGUAAUUAGUCCCAGAUGAUCUCUUAUCUUUCAUCCCUUGUGGUUUGGACGAAGUCCAGCUACACAGAAGUCACAUUGUUAUCUGUUAGACUUGCAGGAGUGCUGGAUGAAAACUGACCAAAGGAGACAAGCUUCAGCAUUUCAAUUAGGCAGCCUGUAAUUGAAGGAAACCUAUGAUGAAAAUUCUCUGUUGAGCAAAUCACAGAGAUUAAUGUGUGUGUGUGUGGGGAGCAGUCAGAGUCCUGCCUUUGAAAGGCUGUUGCCAGUCUGCAGUUAGGGUGUCCAUAUGGCUUCAAAGUCUGAGUUUCAGAUCGGUUCUAUUCUUUAUUAUGCCUUCAGAAUCCUGUGUUCAUGAAUUACAAAAAUAAAACAGAUGAAGGUGGGGUUUUUUUUCCCAUUUA